UGUCUGCUCUCUGUCUGUCUGUCUGUUGUUUUGUGUGCCUGUAGAGGGUGAGUGAAAGCACAGGAACGUGUGCUCAGGUCCUUUUUAACAAAAGAACCUGGACACCUUGUGUGUGAGACUGCGUGUUGUAAUGUGACGACUUUAGAUACUACCUUUCAUCAUUUGCACUUAUGACAAAGAGUUAGCUAGUGUUAGUUUAUUACAUUUGAGACAAGAUGUCAACUGAGUGCCAGAAGACCACUGCCAAGGCCAUCCCGUCGACCAGGAAGGUGACCAUCAACGACGCGGCGCACAUGCCCCAGGACUACUCCACUACUCCCGGAGGAACCCUGUUCAGCACCACCCCGGGCGGUACCAGGAUCAUCUACGACCGAAAGUUCCUGCUGGGGUGUCGUAGCUCUCCUGUGGCCAAGACUCCUCCGCGAGGUCUGCCCAACAUUCCAGGGGUGACCAGUCCUCCACACACCGACGAGAAGGCCCAAAAUGGAGAACUACUGAACAACAACAUCACUACACCGGAUAGCAGCAACACUGGUGAAGAAUCACAAUUUGAAAUGGACAUCUAGGUGGUCCUGGAAUGAGCAUUAUGAUGUCAGACUUAGCAACACGAUGCUGUGAAGAGAGGCUCAGGAGCACCUUCUUGUUUCCCAUCAUCCAUUCCACGAAGACCGAAGUUCGCCUUCAGUAUCUCCAGUGUCUUAGUGUUUUUAAGUCUGUCUUUCUUAAUCUCAUUUGCUUGUUUUGCCCAGAACAAUUCUGUAAUGAAACUUUUUCAGCCUCAAGGCUUAAACCUGAUUAGUGUGUGACAAAGUGUGCCUUCCUGUUGUGGCUACAAGUUUAAACUCGUCACUGAGAAUUACUUAACACCAACAACGCCUCAUCCCUAAGAACUGAGAUACAUUAAUGAAAAUGAAGAUCAAUAGGGACAAAGAGUAAAUGAAAUUUGCUGUAUUUAUAACCAUUCCAACAGGGUUUAUCACUUGAUGUGCUUUUGUUUCCACAAAUUUCCUGACACCUCUCUUCAGAUACUGCCUUGAAAUGGUCAAGAUGCUGUAUGAUUUUCAAUUAUGCUCUUAAAAAUGAGUUCUUCACCUGAAGUGUCAUACGGAGAAUGUAAAACAAUUUUGUUGAUGAAAUUUUUGAAACAGAUUUUCACACAAUUUGUAGGGUGACAAAGCAUUAAAACGAACACCAUUAAAGCAAA